AUGCCGGCUUACGAUGUGGGAUUAAACCGGAUAUGUGCGGAGAUGGCGCUUCCGCUCACCACCACCUUCACUGCACCAGCAGACUGCUCACUCAAGUUCACUCCCGUCACGACAGCGACACGAGCAGACAGCGCCUACCAAACGCUCAUCCAAGACCUAAACGACGUGUCAUGCCAUCCUCCGGGCUACUCGCCCCAAUGCACAGGCUACAGCUAUCCCACCUUCAGCCCCGGGACCUGUCCGUAUGGCUACUACACCGCAUACAACAUACCGCAAAGCGGUGCAAAAACGCUAGCCGUCUGUUGCAAAACGUAUGUAAGGCAUUUCCCUUAUAGCCGAGUACAAGCGUGA